CAUUCGUCUCUGUCCCUCAUAUUCGACAUUUCGCCCUCCUUCCACAUCAAGGUAUUUCCUUUUUUUCUGCGUUUUCAGUCUUCGCUUCUUCAACGUGUUUAACCUAUCAAAUGUUUCCAAUCAAAAUCCAAGUCUUGUUUCGCCGGAAGCUUAUCGAACUAUUUUGUGAUUAUUUUAGUAGUUGAAAUUUUUACUCGAUUUUGGGGGUUUUGGAUAUGACGAUGCCUCGUAGAAAGUUAUCGCCUUUAUGAUGAAUGAUAUUCGGAUUCUGUUUCUUCUGGUUGGUUUGAUAGGUUGUACUAAGAAGAAUUAGGUACUGAGCUGAAAUUGUUGGUGAACUAUAUAGAAGGAGGAAAAAGAUGGACAGUUGGGAGGAUGAAGAGGCUAUUCCAGACGUUUUAAACCAGGUGCAAGUCAAGAAGAGUCAAUGGGAUGAUGAGGAUGUAGAUGAAAAUGACAUAAAAAAUUCAUGGGAAACUGAUGAUGAAGAUUCUACCCAGGCACCUGUGGCUCCUACUGAAAAGACUUCAAAGAAACCUGUUUCUAAAGCAGCUGAAAAGAAAGUGAAAGCAGUAAAAAUUGAAAAGGAGGAGCCUGUAGAUCCAGUAGCUGAAAAACUACGCCAGCAAAGGCUAGUGGAAGAAGCAGAUUAUAAGUCGACAACAGAAUUGUUUGCUAAGAAAGGUGAUGAGAAGACCAUUGAAAAUUUCAUCCCCAAAAGUGAAAGUGACUUUGUAGAAUACGCAGAGCUCAUUUCUCAUAAGUUGCGUCCUUAUGAGAAAAGCUACUUCUACCUUGGGUUACUCAAGGAUGUAAUGAGACUGGCAAUGAUCUCAUUGAAAGGGCAAGAUGCAAAAGAAGUGGCCUCUUCAGUUACUGCAGUUGCAAAUGAAAAAAUCAAAGCUGAAAAAGAGGCCAAUGCUGGCAAAAAGAAGACAGGUGGAAAGAAGAAGCAGCUGCUUAUUGACAAGGAAGAUGAUGAUGCUGUGGUGAAUGCAUAUGAUGGUUAUGAUGACUAUGAUUUCAUGUGAUAGCCUUUGCAAGCCAAACUAAACUAAGCUAUAUAUAUAAAGGGCUAUCACAUACAAAUCUGCUUUGUUUCCCAGACUCUUGUUAGGGAUUGAUGAUCCGGCGGCUUGUGCUCCGAAAUUCUUGAGGCGAUGGAGGGCUUAUUGGUUUCCAUCAAAUAAAAGAUUGUUAAAAUUUCUCUUGUUUUUUCUUUUUUUUUAUUGUUUUGUAUUUGCCUUUUGCUUCUCUCUGUUUGGUGAAUCUUUGUUCCUCCUGUAUGAUGACUGUAAGAUAUUUGUCUCAGGUUUUGAAUCUACAUUUUGCUUGAUGAGUUGCCAUUAAAGAAAUGCUUUGCAACACAUCUUUUUUUCUUCUUGAAUUGUGAUCAUAUAUGGGCCAUGUUAUUUUUUGCAACAGAUGGGAUUUUU